AGUCCGGGUUAUCCUCAGCUGUCGAUCUGGUGCUGCUGGUGGUGGUGGUGGUGGGGGGGGGGAGAGGAGGAGGAGAGAGGCUGUUGGAGGAGGAAUGGCGACCCCCUCCCGAGAGUCGGUCCAGGUGACAGACAGCGACAGGUUUAUGAAACUAAAAGAGACAUUUAUAUCUAAAUAUGGUGCGCCACCUGCAUUUUAUGCGCGAGCUCCUGGACGAGUCAAUUUAAUUGGUGAACACAUUGAUUACUGUGGCUAUGCUGUGCUUCCAAUGGCUUUAGAACAAGAUAUCUUGGCAGCUGUCACACCAACACAAACAAAACUCAUCCAGCUGGCAAACACUGACCCUGUAUACCUGGACUAUAAUGUUCAUAUAAGCGAGGUCCACAUUGACACAGCUAAACCUCAGUGGCACUACUACUUUCUUUGUGGAUUUAAAGGAAUUCAGGAACAUUUCAACCUCAUUGCCAGUGGAAUGAACUGUGUGAUUGAUGGUACAAUUCCAGCCAGUUCCGGACUCUCUAGCUCCAGCGCAUUAGUUUGUUGUGCAGGUCUCGUCACGAUGGUUGCCAAUCAGAAGGUCCUAUCAAAGGUGGAGCUUGCAGAGAUCUGUGCAAAGUGUGAGCGCUACAUUGGCACUGAAGGUGGGGGUAUGGAUCAGUCUAUUUCAUUCCUGGCAGAAAGAGGAACGGCCAAGUUGAUUGAAUUCAACCCACUCCGAGCCACCAACGUAAAGCUUCCAAGGGGAGCUGUUUUUGUGAUUGCAAACAGUUGCAGAGAAAUGAAUAAAGCUGCAACAGCUCAUUACAAUAUCAGAGUUGUGGAGUGCCGGCUUGCAACUAAAGUACUAGCAAAGGCAAAGGGCCUUGAUUGGCAGAAACUUUUAAAAUUGGGAGAGUUACAAACUGAAUUGGGAGUCAGUCUGGAUACAAUGAUUUCAACUGUGGAGCAAAUACUGCAUCCAGAACCUUACAGCAGGGAGGAAGUUUGUCAACAUCUUGGGAUCAGCCAAGAGGAGCUAUGCAGCAGCAUUCUCAGCCAGAACACACAAGAUGUGACAUCAUUUAAACUUUACCAGCGCGCUAAGCAUGUUUAUAGUGAAGCCAGACGAGUUCUACAAUUCAAGACAGUUUGUGAUGAGACACCUGCCAAUGCAUUACAAUUGUUGGGAGAACUGAUGAAUCAAAGCCAUGUCAGCUGCAGGGAUAUGUAUGAGUGCAGCUGUCCAGAACUUGAUCAGCUGGUGGACAUCUGUAUGCAAUCUGGUGCUGUUGGCUCACGGCUAACUGGUGCUGGAUGGGGAGGCUGCACAGUGUCAAUGGUGCCCACCAACAAGUUAGAUAGUUUCCUGACAAAGGUGCAAGAAGUCUAUUACAAAGCUGAUGUUCAAAGGGCAGCUUUGCAGACACACAGUCUGUUUGCUACCCAGCCUGGAGGAGGAGCUGCAGUUUAUCAAGAGGCCUAAGUAAGGUGCAACACCUGUGGGAAUUAGGUGGUCUUUUCUCCAAAAUAAACCAUUAAACUGAUCCAUUUAUUGCUUGUUGCUUUGAGUAGUUAAGGUGCAUUUGUUUAAAUGAAACAUUUAUAUUUUUGCAAGAAAUUUGAGGUGAUCACAAACCAUUGUUUCUUUACAGACCCAGUUUAAUUUCUCCAGAGACCACUACCGACAAUGCUCCUUUUGUGACAAAAGAUGUAAUUGUAAUUCUUAAUGUUUUACUGAAGACUUUCAAUAGUUAGACCCAGUAGCAAUUUUUCUGAAGAGUCCAUUUCACACGCAAUUUCACUUGAACCUUCUUCUGACUCUAUUCUCGUCUCUGCUCCCACUUCUACUGUCUGUGCCUCUGCUCCCGCCUCUGCCUUCCCUCUGCGUCUGCUCCCGCCUCUGCGUCUGCUCCCACUUCUGCCUCUGCUCCCGCUUCUGGCUCUGCAUCUGCUCCCACUUCUGCCUCUGCUCCCGCUUCUGCCUCUGCUCCCGCCUCUGCAUCUGCUCCCGCCUCUGCGUCUGCUCCCGCUUCUGCGUCUGCUCCAGCUUCUGCCUCUGCUCCCGCCUCUGCAUCUGCUCCUGCCUCUGCAUCUGUUCCCGCCUCUGCGUCUGCUCCCACCUCUGCAUCUGCUCCUGCCUCUGCGUCUGCUCCCGCUUCUGCGUUUGCUCCCACUUCUGCGUCUGCUCCCGCCUCUGCAUCUGCUCCUGCCUCUGCCUCUGCUCCCGCCUCUGCGUCUGCUCCCGCCUCUGCGUCUGCUCCCACCUCUGCGUCGGCUCCCGCCUCUGCGUCUGCUCCCGCUUCUGCAUCUGCUCCUGCCUCUGCCUCUGCUCCCGCCUCUGCCUGUGCUCCCACCUCUGCCUCUGCUCCCGCUUCUGCCUCUGCAUCUGCUCCCGCUUCUGCCUCUGC